AUGGUGACCCUCUUCCAGAUGUGGGUCGUCCCCCUCUACUUCACCGUGAAGCUGCACUGGUGGCGGUUCCUGGGCAUCUGGGUCGUCUUCUCGGCCAUCACGGCUUUCAUCACCUUCCGGGCCACUCGGAAGCCCCUCGUCCAGACCACCCCCAGGAUUAAACCGGAAGACGGGAUGGAUUUUGGGAUCUCCCUCCUGUUCUAUGGCCUCUACUACGGAGUCCUGGAACGUGACUUUGCGGAAAUGUGUGCGGAUUACAUGGCCUCCACCAUCGGG